CUCGUUUUACGCACAUGGGGACGUCGGAGUGACGGCUCACAGCGGGUCUCUAUGCCUGAGGAAAUGUUUUUCUGCCUCCGCUGACAGGAGCCGCGGGCCAUGGACCAGUCCUACGGGGAGGUCAACCAGCUCGGCGGGGUCUUCGUCAACGGCCGCCCGCUGCCAAACGGGCUCCGGCUCCGCAUCGUGGAGCUGGCCCAGCUGGGGGUCCGCCCGUGCGACAUCAGCCGCCAGCUGCGCGUGUCCCACGGCUGCGUGAGCAAGAUCCUCGCGCGGUACCACGAGACCGGCUCGGUCCUACCCGGCGCCAUCGGCGGCAGCAAGCCACGCGUGACCACGCCGCACGUGGUGAAGAACAUCCGUGAAUACAAACAGGGAGACCCGGGGAUCUUCGCGUGGGAGAUUCGGGAUCGGCUCCUCGCGGACGCGGUCUGUGACAAAUACAACGUCCCAUCCGUGAGCUCCAUCAGCCGGAUCUUACGGAACAAGAUCGGGAACCUCUCCCAGUCGAACCAGUAUGAGAACCACCACACCAAGACCCACCCAGGCCCACUGGCCGGCAGCCCCGUGCACGCCUACGCCUUCCCGGGGCCCCUGGGGCCCUCACCGGGGAGCAAGGUCGGAGGGGUCUCCGCGACCCACGUGGGGCUCUCGCGGGCCUGGCCGUCCGUGCACACCGUAAGCAACAUCCUCGGGAUCCGCUCCUUCAUGGACCCUUCAGCUUCAUCCGGACCGGACGGAUACGCGCCAAUAAUGGAGGAGUGGGCGGGCAGGGCCGGUGCGUUCCCCUCCGCGCGCGCUGUCCACGUGGACAAGACCGCGUCAGACCCAGACGUCAAAUACUCUCAGUGCUCGUCGAACCUGUCCGGGUACGUGUCGACCUGCGCCUACUCGCCUCCCGGCCAGUACGGGCUCUACGGCGGGUCAGGGUACAUGAGCCCUGCUGGGGCGGGCUGGCAGGCCCAGAGCCCCGGCUUCAGCCACCCGCUAACCACGGCCUCCCCGACCUGCGGAGACUUCCAUUCCGCGGGGCCGCUGAAGCAGAGACUCGGUGACCGGAAGCCGGUGGGGGGGCUCAGCAGGUAUCCCCCGGAGCAAGUGACCUGCCCCCAGCGCCUCUCGCCCAGCGGCGCCUCGUGA